UCCUUCCGCCCGGGUUUCCUCCCCGCCGCCGCUGCCGCCGCCGCAGACCGGCUCCCGGCUCGGCUCGGCGCGGCGCGGCUCGGCCCGCUCGGCCCCCGCCAUGUCGCAGGUGCUGCCCUACGGCGAGGACAAGGUGGGUCGCUACGGCGCCGAGCCCGAGGCGGGGGAGCUGCCCUUCAGCUGUCGCCUGCAGGACACCAACGCCUUCUUCGGGGGCAACCAGAGCAAGCGGCCCCCCAAGCUGGGACAGAUCGGCCGCGCCAAGAGAGUGGUGAUCGAGGAUGACCGGAUAGACGAGGUGCUCAAGGGCAUGACGGAGAAGUCGCCGCCGGGGGUGUAAGCCGGGCCCCCCCUGCCGCUGCCAGGACCCGCAGGCCGUGCCCUGCUCCCAGACCACCCGGCCCUGCAUGCUGGCUGGACCGCCGACCAGGACGGGGGGGGACACAUGCCCAUGCCCCCCCAACCCCGGCCCGGGGGGGGGCUCUGCAGCCACCACCACACCCCCCCCCCCCCCCCCGAGCCAUGCACUUUACCCCUCCGCCACCCCCGGGGCUGGGACAACCCGCCGAGCCCCCCAACCCUGGGCAAAGACCCCCAUCCUUUCCAGGGAGGGGGGUCCCCCAUCCUCCUUGGCGGGGGGGGUCCCCGAAUCCCGGGCCGGAUUCGGCCCCACGAGCGAGGGGGGGGAGCGCUGCUGUCCAGAGACAUUUUUUGCUCCAUCGUUUUUUGCAUGAGCUUGGUGGCCCGGGCACCCGGUCCUGGGGCCGAGGGUCAGCCCCACCACUCCGGCACGCUUCUUUUUAAACAGAAACUCCUCAUAUUUGUAUUUUUAUAUCCGAAUCUUUGUUAAAAACGAUCUGCUGACGUUGAGAUGUCGAAGUAACUGCAUCGAGAAAACAAACAAACAAAAAUGGUUCAUAUUUUUUUCCAUAAGAAAAAAAAAGACAAAAAAAGAAGAAAAAACCGAGAGGGGGGGAAAGACAAAGGGGGGGGGGAUGGUGAGAGUGAUGAAGGAGCACAAGGAAAGCCAAAGGUGUGGGGAGGGAAGUGAGGACCCCCGGCCUGACUCCCUUUCACGGGCCCCGCCGGAGGAUUCGGCAGCACCAUCGGCCGCUGCAGCCCUGCCCCCGACAGCCUGGGGGCAGAGCCCACCGGGACCAGCAGCGGGUGCCGGGGGGAAGGGAUGGGGAUGGUCGCGGUGCUGCCCCCCACGCUCAAGAUUGGUGAGGCCGGGAUGGGAGUGGGGAGGACAGGGACCCGGCCUGAGUUGUUGUUGUUUUUAAUUUUGUACUUUAAUUUAAUUUUAUUUUUUAAGAAGCUUC